GCUGAGACAGCGCCGCGCCCCCCGGGCGCUCCCCGCCGCCGCCGGGCCCCGGGCCCCCGGCCCCGCACCGGCGCCGCGAUGGACCCCUGCUCUUCGCUCUUCAGCUACGUGUUAAUGCACUUGUUCGUCCUCUGCCUGCAAGCCCAGGUAACUGUUCAGUCCCCACCUAAUUUUACACAGCAUGUGAGGGAGCAGAGCCUGGUGACAGAUCAGCUCAGCCGGCGGCUUGUCCGUACCUACCAGCUGUACAGCCGGACCAGCGGGAAACAUGUGCAGAUCUUGGACAACAAGAAAAUCAAUGCGAUGGCAGAGGAUGGGGAUGUGCACGCCAAGCUCAUCGUGGAGACAGACACCUUUGGGAGCCGCGUGCGUAUCAAGGGGGCAGCCACGGGCUUCUACAUCUGCAUGAACAAGAAGGGGAAGCUGAUUGGCAAGAGCAACGGCAAAGGCAAGGACUGUGUCUUCACAGAGAUCGUGCUGGAGAACAACUACACGGCGCUGCAGAACGCCAAGUACGAGGGCUGGUACAUGGCCUUCACCCGCAAGGGCCGCCCGCGCAAGGGCUCCAAGACCCGGCAGCACCAGCGGGAGGUGCAUUUCAUGAAGAGGCUCCCCAAGGGCCACCAGACCACCGAGCCCCACAGACGCUUUGAGUUCCUCAACUACCCCUUCAACCGCAGAAGUAAAAGGACUAGAAACUCCAGAGCGGGCCCUUGAUGUGCCUGCCCCUGCCUCCUCUGCCUGCAUCUCUCCUGGAGGAUGCUCCUCUGAGCUUGGUGGACUAUAUGUAGAGACUUUCCCAUAUGGGUAUUAAAGAAAACAAAAAAAAAAAA